AUGUUUUCUCCGCUUGUAGCUUCGUACAAAGCAGAGCUUGUGGCACUUAUAGAUAGAGGUCAGGGCCUCACAUCUAUCACGAAAUGCGACUUCUUUAUACUCUUCUAUACUGCCUGGUCCUCCUCCUUUAACAAUCCUAUGCUUGUAUGUAAAGCUUUCGAAACAACUGGCAUCAGCCCACUCAACCCUAACGUGAUACUCGAGCACUUUAAACCACCACCAGAGAGCGUAUGGCCUAGUUCAAGCAGCUCCUCGUCAUCAAACACGCUACUACAACAUGAGAUCAAUCAACUCAGAGAGGCUCUAGUCAAUGAGCAGAAGCGUAGGCAGCGUGGCAAGGCCCUGCUACUUGAGGCACCACCUGAAUACAAUGGUGGAGCAGUCUUCUGGUCGUCUCAAAAAAAAAGCAUGGCCAUUAGGCUUAGAGAAGAGAAGAAGGCUGCUAAAGCUCAGAUGUUUGAAGAACGUCGUCUCAACAGAGCUAUUGCAAAAGAGAAGCGUGAGUGUGAGGUAGCUGAAAAAGCUGCUGCUCACGAGGAGAAGCGUAUAGCCCGGGAGCUCAAAACUCAACUCCAAAAUGACCUCAAGGUGUCCCAAAGAGGUAAGAGAAAGAGCCUCCAG